UAUCCUGGAGACGGUUGUCAAGGAGCGAACGCCGCGUCGCUGGGCAACAACAGACCGAGGAUUGUUCGCGGGGCCCUGAGGCUGAGCUGAGCCGAGCCGCGCGCCCGGCAGCCCCCGCCGCGGCCAUGGCCACGGCCUCCAUGCUCCCCGCGUGCAACCAGGAGGCGGCGGCUGCAGCCAGCGGCACCUACAGCUACUGCAGCCGCCCCCGGGCCCUGCCCGCCCGGCGGAGAUACCGGGGCGCCCCGGGACCCAGCGAGCAAGAGGAAGAACCUGUUCACUAUGCAAACCUCAUGUACGAUAGGAGAGUGGUACGAGGCAACACUUAUGCUCUUCAUACAUUACCUUGGACUGCUCAGCCUGACCCUCUUGAGAUCCAAAGACAGCGAGAGGCUCACAGGAAAGCACUUGCCAGAAAACGAGCAAAAGAGCAGCUUCAGUCAAGAACUCCAGAGCCUGUAGAGGGCAGAAAGCAUGUUGAUGUGCAGACAGAGUUGUAUCUGGAAGAGCUUGGUGACCGCAUAAUAGAGGUUGAUGUGGAGUGUCAAACAGAUGCUUUUCUGGACAGACCACCUACUCCACUCUUCAUCCCAGCCAAAACAGGGAGAGACGUGGCCACACAGAUAGAAGAAGGAGAGCUCUUUGACUUUGACAUUGAAGUCAAACCAAUGCUAGAAGUUUUGAUUGGAAAAAUCAUUGAACAAGCUUUGCUAGAAGUCAUGGAAGAAGAGGAGCUGGCCAAUCUGCGGGCACAUCAGUAUGCAUAUGAGGAACUACGCAAUGCUGAGCUCGCUGAAGUACAACGCCUUGAGGAGCAGGAGAGACGACACAGAGAAGAAAAGGAACGUCGCAAAAAUCAACAGUCACAAUUGCUUCAAAAGCAGAAGGAGACUUCAGAGAAAAUUGCAGCAAGGGCAUUUGCUCAGCGUUACCUGGCUGAUCUCAUUCCUUCAGUCUUUAGUAGUCUUCGUGAGAGUGGAUAUUUCUAUGAUCCUGUAGAAAGAGAUGUUGAGAAAGAAUUCCUUCCAUGGGUGAUGGCAGAAGUAGAUAAGACAUUGGAGAAGAUGAUUCUGGGAAGGGCAGUGCUCGACACAUUGAUUCGUGAGGUGGUUGAAAAGAGGUUAGAUGCGUUUGAUCAUCCAGAAGCAUCUGGUCAGCCUGCUGGGCAAACAGAAGCGUCUCAUCGAGGCUCUGUUCAGAUAGAAGCAUUAUAUCAAACAGAAACUCAGGAGCCUGAAGCUAAGUGAAGACCAAACCAAACAUCAAGUAAUCAGGGGGCUAACUGUAGCUGAGAAGAUUGCUCUUGAUCAUUUGUGAAGAGAAGAUUCAAUUUGUUUAGGAAAUUGUUCCAAGAAGGGAACAAUAAACUGAAGAUUUUUAUUUUUGCAAAUUUUUAACAGGCUUUAUGCUUUAUUUCCUAUAAAAUUUACUUAAAGAAAGAGUGGCUGCAUGAUUAUACAUGUAAAUAGUAUUUAGUAUUAAUCCUUUUCACACUUGGAUUACUAUACAAAGAGUUAAUGAAUUCACUAUAUGCAUUGCAGUAAUAUAGGAAUAUUGGCUUAAGAAAGUUCUAUAGUAUUCUUUUUAUUAAGAAAUCCAAAUCAAGUAUCCAUUGCAGAUAUAUUGCAUCGUAUCCUUAAAGUCCAUUCUGCAUUUACCCUAUUACUUAAUAAAUCCAGGAGUGUGUACAUGCAUGUAUAUAUGAAGAAAAUAAAGCAAGUUCACUCAACUCUAAAAA